AUGCGGGAUAGACUUUUGAAGGUGAAUUUUGGAUUGAAGUGGAGACUGGAUGCAAAGUUAGAAAUAGAAAAAUGCGGUCCUUAUAAAAUGGAUGAAUCAAUGCAAGAAGGUUUUCAAGAUAUUUUAUCAGAUGAAGAGGAAGCCUCUAUGUUCAUGCAGCCAUCAGAAGAUAUG